AGCCAAUCAGCGUGGCGCGCAGCGCUCUUUAAGCCUGACAUAACUUGAACAGGAACAAAUUGUCCCGACAAUCAACAUCCAAAACUCCGUUGCGCUUUUGAGGUGGAUAUCGUCGAUCCGGAUUGUAUGAAGUACAAUAAUAAAAACACCGAUUCAAAACCUAACCGUUCGAUCAGCUCUUAAAUAUAAAUAACGGGGAUAUCGCGUAUAGUAUUCGGAAUAAAAGCCAGCCUCCGGACAGUAUGUCAAUGUUGCCUUCCUUCGGGUUUACCCAGGAGCAAGUGGCGUGCGUGUGUGAAGUGCUGCAACAAGGUGGGAACCUAGAGAGACUGGGCCGUUUCCUCUGGUCUCUACCCGCCUGCGACCACCUCCACAAGAAUGAGAGCGUCCUCAAAGCCAAAGCUGUGGUGGCCUUCCAUCGGGGGAACUUCAGGGAGCUCUACAAGAUCCUGGAGAGCCACCAGUUCUCCCCGCACAACCACCCCAAGCUGCAGCAGCUGUGGCUGAAAGCGCACUACGUGGAAGCGGAGAAGCUGAGGGGCAGACCGCUGGGCGCGGUGGGGAAGUACAGGGUCCGCAGAAAAUUCCCGCUGCCCCGCACGAUCUGGGACGGAGAGGAAACCAGUUACUGCUUUAAGGAGAAAUCCAGGGGAGUCUUGCGGGAAUGGUACACCCACAACCCCUAUCCCUCCCCCCGGGAGAAAAGAGAGUUAGCCGAGGCCACGGGGCUUACGACCACGCAAGUUAGCAACUGGUUCAAAAACAGACGGCAGAGAGAUCGAGCUGCUGAAGCCAAAGAAAGAGAGAACAGUGAAAACAACAACUCCGGCAACAAUAAACAGAAUCAGCUCUCCCCUCUCGACGGCGGUAAGACUCUGAUGUCCAGCUCGGAAGACGAGUUUUCACCGCCGCAAAGCCCGGACCAGAACUCCGUGCUUCUCCUUCAAGGAAACAUGAACCACCCCGGCGGUGCGUCUUACCCUCUUGCCGGCCUCGGCGCUGCGCAGACGGUACACGGCCUCCAAGGACACCCGCACCAGCUUCAAGACUCCUUGCUGGGACCGCUAACCUCAAGUCUGGUGGAUCUCGGUUCCUAAACGUUUGAGAUUUUAUAUUAUUUUUGCUUUUGUUUUUAUAUAUAUAUAUAUACGAAAGAGAAAGAAAGCAAAAGACUCAAAUCCGACACUUUUAAUGUAUAUAUAUAAAUAUAUAAAUAUAUAAAUAUUAAAUAUUAAAAUUUUAACUACCCAAAUUUUCUGAUGUGAUAUGACACGCAGUGAUGCUUAACUGGACUGACUUUUGUCAAGUCGUUAAAUUCGUAAGUAGGCUAAAGACAGACGCAAUUUUGAUGGAUGCUCUGUUUCUGACGUACAUUCUGAUCAUAACUAAGCACUCGAAGCCCCCUUUAAAAGACGGUCCUAAAAGGUUUUAUUACCCCCAACACCUUAGGUGGACUUACCUUCCAUUUGCUUGAUUUAUGGAUUUUUUUCGCUAAAGAAUUCUUAAUACUUAGUUUACACGUAUACAUCUUGCAAUGGAACCUCACUAAGGAGUUUGGUCGAACUUCCCCCCCCCUCCCAAAGCAAGUUCAAGUUCUGAUCGGAAGAAUCGUGUUGCGGUUUCGGCUAGUGUCCAAUAAACAUGACGAAAGUCGA